AUGCCUACUCCAAAUAGCACUGUGCUCACCCCCUCUGUGCUGACCUUUAUCGGCAUCCCUGGCCUGGAAACUGUACAGUGCUGGGUCGGGAUUCCAUUCUGUGCUAUGUACAUCAUUGCUUUGAUGGGAAAUUCUCUCCUUCUGGUCAUCAUCAAAUCAGAACCGAGUCUCCACCAGCCUAUGUACAUCUUCCUGGCCAUGCUGGGGGCCACAGACAUCGCACUCAGCACAAGCAUUGUCCCCAAGAUGCUCGGGAUUUUUUGGUUUCACCUGCCAGAGAUCUACUUUGAUGCUUGCCUCUUUCAGAUGUGGCUCAUUCACACGUUUCAGGGCAUUGAAUCAGGAGUGCUGCUGGCCAUGGCUCUGGACCGCUACAUAGCCAUCUGUUAUCCUCUGAGGCAUGUUGCCAUCUUCACUCCGCAGCUGGUCACCCAUAUUGGAGUUGGGGUGACACUGCGGCCUGCCAUUCUGGUAAUCCCAUGCCUGCUCCUCAUAAAGUGCCGUCUGAAACUUUACCGGACCACGUUAAUAUCCCACACUUACUGUGAACACAUGGCCCUUGUAAAACUUGCCACUGAAGACGUUUACAUCAAUAAGUUCUAUGGUCUCCUUGGUGCUUUUACCGUUGGUGGCCUUGACUUCAUUUUGAUCACCCUCUCCUAUAUGCAGAUAUUUAUCACUGUCUUCCACCUGCCCCAGAAAGAGGCACGUUUUAAAGCAUUCAAUACCUGUAUUCCCCACAUAUGUGUCUUCUUCCAGUUCUAUCUCCUUGCUUUUUUCUCCUUUUUUUCUCACAGAUCAGGAUCUUAUAUCCCGUCGUAUAUACAUAUUACCUUGUCCAACCUUUACUUACUGGUUCCACCUUUCCUCAACCCUUUUGUUUAUGGGGUGAAGACCAAACACAUCCGAGAAAUGGUAGUAGAAAUGUUUUGUUCCAAAGACCUGGUGUGA